AUGACGCUCCUCACCCUCACCCUCCUCUUCUUCCACAGCGUCGGUUUCGUCGCAGGCAACUACUACAACUUCUGGAACGUCGACGCCGCCUCCUCCACCUGGGACCUGACCCGAUCAGCUCGCAUGGCAGUCACCUCGCCCAAAACGAUCCCUAUGCUCGGCAUGCGAAAGACAGCCAUCAUCGAGCCGAAUCGGACCGCAUACAUUAUCGUCGACAUGCAAAACUUCUUCCUUCAUCCCCAGCUUUCACCGAAUGCCACACGAGGACGCUUAGCUGUCGGACCGACAUUGGAUAUGAUCCACGCGUUUCGGAAGAAUGCUAUGAAGAUCUUGUGGGUCAAUUGGGGGAUUGAUGCGUAUGAUUUAUUGACUAUGCCUCCGGCGUUUCUCGAUACGUUUGCUACGGACCAUACGGCUGCGACUAGCUUUUGCUCGGAUAUGGGCGUGCUUCAAGAUGGUGGAAUGGAGAUUGCAAUGGGUGGCAAAUUGUGUCGUGGAUCGUGGAAUGCGAGACCGUAUGGUCCACUGUAUAAGGAAAUGGUCAAAGGGAUUGAACAUGGUACAGAUGUAUUGCUUCACAAAAACCGCUUCUCCGGUCUCUGGGGCGCCCAAACCCCCCUUGGUCUCUACCUCCAAGAAACAGGCAUCACAACCCUCUUCAUCAGCGGCGUCAACAGCGACCAAUGCGUCUGGUCCACUCUCAUAGACGCCUUCUUCAAAGGCUUCGACAUCGUCUACGUCGAAGACUGCACUGCAACAACCAGUCCCUGGUACGCAGAGGAGAUGGCGCGAUACAAUGCGGAUUUCAAUGGGUUUCUGGCGAAUAGUACAGUGGUACCUUGGGUACCUAUAUAUGAGUGUGUAUCACAAAUGUGGACAUCCGGUUUCGUUCUCAAGCUGCAGGCCACUGAAAGGGCGCUACAGCAAUGA